AUGAAUUUUAUCAGAUCUCGCCUCUCCAUCGGCAACUUGAUGGGUUCGUAUGGUUAAAUUUCUUGAAUCAGCGCGUUUCUCUGGAAAAAAAAACUGUCAUACUCGUGUUAAUUCACAACUUAAUGAUCAUGUCAGUAACUUUCGCAGCUGUAAUGAUAAACUUCCACUUUUAAGUACUUUUAUUUACCAAUCAGAAUUGACUUCUAUACCAGGUGCAUGCCUCUGAGUUAAGCGUGUUGAUAGAGUAGAAACAGUUAGUUCCUGUGUUGUUAAAUGUUGUAUUAUGUAAUCGGAUGUUUUUGGGCAUGUUUAGUCAUCUAACUUUAUAUUGUCAAUAAAACCUUUUGGCGUCGCAUUCGUUUUGGUUUUAUUGCCUCGCAGUAUAUUUACCUGUCACGCCCCUCUUCACAUAAAAAAGGGGCACCAUCAUGGUUGGUCAUUUUGGUUGUGAUUGUGAUUAUUUUAUCUUUACUAUCAAUUAUAAGUUUGAGAUUUUUAAGCAUCUCCAUUGUGGGAAGUUGCUGCCUUUCUAGACUGACAUGAUGGCAAAUUGAAUCAAAGGAAGUCUUGUUUUACAUGUUAUUAUGAUCUCAGACCAAAUAGAUGGCAAAGAAAACUUUGAGCUGAUCAGCAAAACCCAAUGAAUGUAGUGUUUGGUGUUUUUAGCCAUGGUUAUGGUGCUUUGAAGGUUUGCCUUAUGAAAUACCCCAACAGGUCAGAGGUGCAGACUGGUAACUGAAACAUGGAGCCAAAGGGGAAUGUGCAAUAAACCACAGGAGACCAAAGCAGGGCCUCCACCUGCAGCCCCGGCACAAGGUAAAUGCCAGAUCAUAUGUUGACAUAUUUUGUUUGUUUGUUUGUGUUUUCCAUCAUUACAUAUAUGAACAGCAGCACAAACCAGGAUUCAGUUCAAUUUUUAAUAAUGUGUAGGCCAAGAGUUGCAAAAAUGAAUUGAUUAUUUGUUUUGUUUUGUUACAUUUUAAGUGAGAUGUGAUGUCACUCACCUCAGACUUAGUUAGUUUAAGUCGGACUUACCAACAAGUCUCACGGUCACAAAAUGCUGAGAUUGACAUGUUUAAUCAACGUAGGAUCCCUGAGUCUGAGGGCAAACUGUCAAUUUGGAUUGGCAUGUCUGUCUAACAUUAGCAGAGCUAGCACCACCAGUCUUUGUUCCUCCUUGCGAGUCUAUGUCCACAUGUCUGUGCUGGUUACACAAGGCAGAGAUGUAUUUUACCGCAAAACUUGAGAUGACUGAAAUGCUUCAUAAAAUUGAUAGUUGAAAUAAACUAAGUGUAAAAUUCCCUCUAAUAUAUAAUCCAAACAGAUCAUUUCUGUUGUCCUGAAGUGUGUUUCAGAGAAAAAAUAAACAGAUUUUGGAUAGUUCUCUUGUUAUUGCCGUGGCAAGUGUGUGAAAUUUUUCUUUAGUCCCACAGGGUGAGGAGACACAGGAAGUGGGGUCACAGUUUAAGGUGAUGGGGCUAUUGACUGGGGCUUGUGAAGCAAAACUUCUCUGCUUUCACUGCUCUUCACUUCUAAAGAUGUGGAUUAUUUAACUUAAGCUUUGUUUGUUUGUUCUCUCAUGCAGCUCCUCGUGCUGGUUUCAGACUCCCAGGCUACAAACCCUCUGAAUUUGACAGGAAGAUUCUGCUCUGGUCCGGGCGCUUUAAGUCAGCGGACCAGAUACCAGAGCUUGUGUCGUAAGUAGCGUUUUCCUGUUUAUACCAGACCCCACAGCACACUCCCAUCUGAUUGAGUGCUUGCAUGAUGUAUUUAAGAUACAUCACAAGAACAGAGCAAGUAAGCUGGAUGCUGCUGGAGGUAGCUGAUGUUCAAAAAUGGUCCUAGUUCAAACAGAGUCUGUGUGGCUGGAGGUAAUUACUGUAGCCCCUCAAAUCAGGGUGGAGAUCUUACAGUGUCUGAUCUGCUGCUGUGAUUAAUGUCUUAAUUGUCAUGUAUGUAAACUGCAGACCUCCUUGCUACUGGAUUCACCUGCAUGCAGAAAAAGCAUCAUAAUUAAUGUUGACAUAGGAGGCUGAGAUAAGCCAGGAUCUAGCAGAUGUUUCCUUUUAUUUGUCAACACUGAUUUUUGUUGACACACCUAUAUAUGCCACAGGUUUGAGAUGAUUGACGCCGCCAGGAACAAAAUGCGAGUGAAGGUCUGCUAUGUGAUGAUGGGUCUAACGAUUGUAGCGUGUAUGGUGAUGGUUUUCCUGGGCAAACAGGUGAGUGACAACAGAAGACUGCUUUAUGUUUGCAUAUUUUCCUUUAGAUGUUGUUUGACUAAAGGUUAGCCACACUUGUUGAGCCUAAAGCCAACGUUUUCAGCAUAAAGACAUAAAAGGGAACCUGACUUAGAGAGAGGUUAUGUUCAGAGGUUUUGGUUUAUGAAUCUUUUGCUGGUGUCCUUCCUGAGUAAUAAAAGUUCUUAAGCUUGGGGUUUACAUCUAUCAACAUGAUGUUUCCACUGCUACUGUAGCACAAGCUUGUUGAUCACAUCACAGGCACCUACAUCCAUUUUGUUAGUGCUGCAGAAAAUCUUACCUUCAUCCUGUGCAAACUUUCAUGUCUUGUUGUCAUCAUUUUGCUUCAGACAACUCCAAGAAUUUCAAAGACACAGCGGUUUUCAAGGCAGUUUAGCCUUUGUACUUUCUUUUUGACCCUACAAUUUAGUUUCAAAUUGUGUUACAGUGUUGUGAAGGCACAUUGGUUGUUUGUAAAUGUCCACUAACAAAAGCAGUAUAUGUCAAAGUUGUUCUGUAGUAAAUAGGAUGUAUUUUCAUGCUGCAUUUUGUUCAUCUCAAUGUAAAUACAAGUAUGAUGAUUCAACAUGGGUUAUUGUCAGAAGCUUAUCAAUGAUUUGUCUCAUAUUUGUUGCAGGCUGCCAGCAGGCACGAGUCCCUGACAGGACAAAACAUGGAGAAAAAAGCCAGGUGGAGGCAGGAAGUGCAGAGAGAAAAGGAGGCUGCUCUUGCUCUGUCUGAGAAGGCUCAAUGA